GUCAGAUCAAAAGCUAGACCGAGCCUUACACCAGAUAGAACAGCUCAGGAUGGCGAGAAGCACUCAGAUCAGCAGAAAGACAAACGAGACAUCCAUCGAUAUCAGUCUCUCACUUGAUGGCGGAUCAUUGGCCUCGUCCGCAUCAGGCGACGCUGAACAUGCGUCGCAAAAGACGGGCGGACAAGAUAUCAGUGUGAGCUCGGGUAUCGGCUUCCUCGAUCAUAUGCUCCAUGCCCUUGCGAAACACGCAGGCUGGUCGCUGAAUCUUACUUGUAAAGGAGACUUGCACAUUGAUGAUCACCACACAGCAGAAGAUUGUGCACUGGCGCUUGGAUCUGCCUUCAAGGAAGCCCUCGGCCCAGUCAAGGGCAUCAAGCGUUUCGGUGUUGGUUUUGCACCUCUUGACGAAGCACUCUCGAGAUCGGUGGUUGACAUCUCUAAUCGCCCACAUGCGAGUAUCGAUCUUGGCUUGAAGCGGGAAAAGAUUGGGGACUUGUCAUGCGAGAUGAUUCCGCAUGUCCUGGAGUCCUUUGCUCAGAAUGCUCACAUCACGCUCCAUGUUGAUUGUCUUAAGGGAUUCAAUGAUCACCAUCGUGCAGAGUCAGCCUUCAAAUCGCUGGCAUUGGCCUUGAAGGAUGCCACUAGCUUCACGGGUAAAGACGAUGUCCCCAGCACAAAGGGCGUCCUCAUGUAAAACAAUUGAUAUGCAAUGACGCUAUAUGCUAAUGCUUCUUGCCCUGGCUCUUUUUU